CGGAUAUGACGUUAAGAAAAUGGCACUCGCGAUCACGGUGGACUGUUGAUUAUUGUGGAGGAGUGAGCAGAGAAACGGCGUCCAGUCGACAAAUACUAGGCUAUCGCAAGAAUUAUGGACAACAAUGGAGAGGAGAACUCGAAGGAGGGCGUGGCUGAGCUUCGCGUGAAGGUUGAGUCGUUGAAGCAAGAAUUGGAAACCUGCAGAACCGAGCUGGUGAAGUUACAGAAACAACUGACGAACUCGGAACGACUGCAGAAGAACACUGAAAGCUACAAUGAAGAUCUUAGAAAGCAGGUCGACAAGUUGAGCGCCGAGAUUCAUGAACGAAAAAAGAAGGAAAAGGGCAAAACCGAUGCCGAGACUCAAACCGAGGAACAGACAUGGACGGAAACUGACUACUACAACUACUACUAUGGAGGUUAUCAGAACACUGAGGGGGCAGAAACACAGGAGAAUCUUGUGACUGAAACACAGGAAGCGGCUGAACUUACUGUCGCAGUAAAGACUGAAGUUGAAACCUCCACUGAGGCGAUCGUAGAAGUGCCGGUACAACAUGAGGGGGGCGACCAAGUGGCUAAACCGGAGGAGGCGGACGGAGGCUCCAUAGCCGACAUGCUGAGGGCCACGGCGGAGCAGGCCAUGACCCAGACAGGCUUCAUCUUCGACGAGACCACGGGGAUGUACUACGACCACAGCACAGGCUUCUACUACGACUCGGUCAGCCAGUUGUACUAUGACAAUAACACCGGUAUGUACUACUACUACGAUGCCGAGAGCGGACGCUAUCAGUUCCACUCCAGGAUUGAAGUGUCGGCAGGGCAGGCUCCGGAGGAGGGCGCUGAGGACCACAAGGCCUCCCUGAAGAAAGGAAAGAAGUGGAAGACGGCGGGAGAGAAGUCUCUCCGCAAGGACGACAAGGGCCCCCGAGGCGAGGACGCGAGGGCGGAGGACGAGGACGUGGAGUGGGUGGAGCGACGGGCGGCCCAGAGGGGCGGGGCGCCGCACAAGCUGAAGCGACGGUCUCCCGGCUCGGAUCCCCCCUCGCGGCGAAGCGCCUCCUCGAGGUCCCGACGAAGCGGGAGCUCCGAUCGCCCGGCCAAGAGGAAGAAGCAGACGAACGGCUCGCGCUCGGACGACGCGGCGAGCUCUAAGAAGAAGAAAAAGAAGGCCAAGUCGGAGAAGCACAGCAAGAGCAAGAAGAAGAAGAAGUCGAAGAAGAAGAAGAAGGAACGGAGGGAGGACUCCAGCGGGAGCAGCGAGCCGGAGGAAGGCGAGAUCACCGAGUCGGAAGGGGAAUGGAAGUCCACCCCCUCCUUCUCGUCGUCUUCCUCUUCCUCGACGCCGUCCCCCUCCAGAACGAGCCCCGAGUCGGACGUGGAGAGCUACGAAGCUGUGGAGGAGGUGUGGCCUCCUUGCGUGAGGGUGACAGUGGUCCGUUCUCCCGUGUUGCAGACGGGGACUCUGUUCAUCAUCACGGCUGACGCUCCAGCCACCAUCGGCAGGGAGAAGGAUGUGGACCACGCGAUUAGAAUACCUGAAAUGGGAGUCAGCAAGUUCCAUGCAGAGGUGUACUUUGACCAGGACCAGCAGUGCUACAUGCUGGUGGACCAGGGAAGCCAGAACGGAACAGUCCUCAACGGCAACCGAAUCUUACAGCCCAAGACCAAGUGUGACCCGUGCGCCCUGACCCACGGUGACGAGGUGAAGAUGGGCGACACCGUGCUGUCCUUCCACAUCCACUCGGGGACGGACACGUGUGACGGCUGCGAGCCGGGCCAGGUGAUGGCGCACCUGAGCAAACACCCCAGGGAGGACGCGGCCGCCGCCGCCACAGGCCCCGCACAGACCAAAGAAGACAAGGAGAUGCUGAGGCAGAAGGAACUCAAGCAGAUGAAGGUCAAAUACGGACUGAAAAGUGCUGAGUUUGAAGAGGUCAAGGCUCUGAAGAACCCCAGGUACAAGGACCGUGCCGAGUCGCGACGCCAGACGGUGGGCAGUGACGGGGUCUUCCUACGAGACGAUGCUCCCGCCUCAGUGCAUGUGGAGAUUGGUGAAGUGAACAAAGGACGGAAGAUGCUGGAAAAGAUGGGUUGGAAGAAGGGCGAGGGUCUGGGAAAAGAUGGCGCUGGAAUGAAAGCACCUAUCCAGCUGAAGAUUAGGAAAUCUCAGUCGGGUUUGGGAGCCAGUGCUGCUCUCUCCGUGGAAGACGCCUCCCUGACCAGAACCAAGACCCAACGGAACUGGGAAAAGGCCCGGGAGAGGUUCGCAGACACCUGUCAAGAUUCCUCCCAGGUCCUAAAGACAGACGAUUCCAAGUCGGCCAAACCCUGGAUCAAAGCGGAGGAGUUAGACUGACCUGGGCAAUCAUGAACCCUUUUCUUACCUGUCACAACCUGUGUGAGAAUGCCUCAGAGCAGCCUCUCUCUUGGUGGGACAGGGUUAGUGCCUCUAGAUGGGCUGGCUGCAGACACCUCUAAAGAUGCAUCGUUUUUGUACAUUUAAGGAUUAACCGGUUAGUUGUGAGUUAUAGACGGCUGUGUGGUCCUUAAUCUCAAUGUUUAAUCAAACUGUGAAAUCCAUGCAGUCUACAGUCUUGCCUAAUAAAUGUUCUUUUCCAUUUUGUUUUUUUGAUGUACUUUUAAAAAAGAGCUUUCAAUCGUGAAAUGAAGUGUUGCUUUACUAGGCUGUUUAUAAUUUGUGUUGUAUAGGCUGUUCAUAAUUUGUGUGUGGUGUAAUUGAAGACAUCAACUGAAUCUAGAACUAUGGGACGUUUUGAAUGGGUAUUUUAGCCUGCCACUAAAUGAGACUAAUGAACAGAAAAUAGUUUUUACACUAAAAUGUUGAUACCAUAAACUGAUGUGAUAUGCUGUAGUCUAAUUCUGGAUGAUGAUGGGCGGUUCUUACGUGCAUUUUGCAAUGCUUAUGUGUGCGUCGGCACUAGGACUACACGGAACUUCGGUGCCCGACUUUUGGAGCCAAAGAAGUUGCAAUUAAACUGACAUCAAAGUCUCGCAAAUACUGAAAGUCCCACCACUGUCACCAUCUCGAUGGAUAAAGUGAAAAACGCGGACUUUAAAGUCAGCUAUUAAUUGCGCUUUUUUUAAGGACAAUUAGACCUUUUCAAGAAAUGAGUUGGACUUCGACUGAAGAAAGUGAUUUUACCAACGGACCGCAGAAGGUAACCGAUUGCAACUAUAGAUGUAGGCCUGUCUAAGACUGUCAACCUGCGCUUUAUUGUCUGAAAUUAACAAGGCUACAUGUACCGGUCGACAGUCAAUGUUGUAUAUUAUAGUUGUCAAUAGCACUGUUUGGAAUGUUAAGUGCACUUUUUGAGACUACUUUAAUGUAUCCUUCUCUUGCUUGAAAAGUAGGCUACAUAACUUCCCUUAUUGAUACAUAUCUUGAAUACAGGUUACAUUUUUACA